AUGCAUUUCCAACUCAUCCAAUCCGCGGCUCUGUUGGCCGCUGUCCUGCCGACGGCCCUCGCAGCCGUUCCCUCUGACUCUUUGGAACGCCGGGCUGAGUGGACCACCACCACUCAGGAUAUCGAGCUCUCCGAGUUGGGAAACAUUGAGUUGUACUCUCAGAAUGAGAACCCUGCCAACGUGGUCUCCUGCAUGGCCGAGAACUCCCACGCCGACAUCCUCUAUUGCCUCCCCGGCGCUUGUGGCAAGAACCAGUGGUGCGUCGAGUUCCACGGCUACAACGAGAUUGGCCAGGGCGCUUGGGACGUCACCUGCGUCGACAAGCCCAACAUCCACACCUGGGUCGCCAACACCUUCUCCAACCCAGGCCAAGUCACCACUUGCAGCGCCGGAUGGAACAACAAUGGCAAGCGUAACCUCAAGGCUACAUUCGAAGUCGACGUCAUGGAUGCUGGUGGAAUCAACCGCAUCAACCCCAGGGAGGUGUACUACCAGCUUGGUGGCAAGCGGAUCGGUGUCUCCCGCAGCGGUGACUCUGAGGUCGGUUCGGGAUCUAUCAUCAUCCCCCCUGGUGGAUCUAUUCAGGCUUGUGUCACUGCGUACUCUGGACAGAUCAUCAACAUGCUUGGUGCUCUUACUUCUCUCGUGUCGCUUUAG